AUGUUUGCGCUGGGCAGCUGCUUGACCUCCGCUGCCGCGGGGUGCGCCUGCUCGUGCUGCACCGCCGUCACUCAACAAGCUCUGCGCAGCUCGGCGCGGGCCGCCUGGAGCAUCUUGUUCACCUUCUCCCUGGUCGGCGCCUGGAUCGCCCGCGACUUUGGCAGCGCCCUGCUCAAGAAGCUGCCAUGGAUUUUGCGCCACUUUGGGGGGGGCGAGAUGCCGUCUGACGCCUGGUUUGGGCAGCAGGCUGUGUACCGCAUCUCCCUGGGAAACUUUGUGAGUGGGGUCCUGUUUGGCGCCCUGGCCGUCGUCAUGGCCGGCGUGCAGCACAAGAGCGACCGCCGCGACCGCUCGCUGCACCACGGCCACUGGCUGCUCAAGGCGGGGCUGUGGGCGCUGUGCAACGCGCUGCCCUUCUUCCUGCCCGUCGGCGUGGUGGGAGCCUACUCCUGGCUGGCGCGCUUUGGCUCCCCGCUCUUCCUGCUCAUCCAGAUGAUCAUCCUGCUGGAUGUCACCCAGAGCUGGAACGAUGCCUGGGUGGAGGCGGGGGAGGGCGAUGUGCGCUACUUCCACGCCCUGCUGGCCGUCACGGCGGCGGCCUACGCAGGCUGCGCCGCAAUCGCGGGCCUGCUCUACCACUUCUUCGCCCCCGCCUCCGCCGACUGUUCCCUCAACAUCUCCCUCAUCACCCUCGCCCUCAUCCUCUGCAUCGUCCUGUCAACCAUCACCCUGCACCCCGCGGUCCAGCGCGGCUCCCUGUUCCCCGCCGCCUGCAUCUCGCUGUACACCAUGUACCUGCAGUACAGCGCGCUGCAGAGCGAGCCGCGAGACUACGAGUGCAACGCGCUGGGCGCCCGCCUGUCCGCCGCCUCCGCCACCACCCUGGCCACAGGCGUGCUGCUCACCCUAGUGUCGGUCGUCUACUCCGCCUUCAGGGCCGGCAGCAACACGCAGACGUUCAGGUGGGCGCGCGCGGCGGGCUACCUGAUCAACGUGGGGUGGACCAGCGUGUGGGUCAAGGUGGUGAGCCAGUGGGUGACGGUGGGGCUCUACUGCUGGACGCUGGUGGCGCCGCAGCUCUUCCCGGACCGAGACUUUGCCUGA